AUGAAUCUUACAAAUUUCUCUUACUUUUCGGGCAUGUGUAACAUGACUGCUGAGUCCCAGCAGUCGCCAGCCGAGGCGGCCAGCCCGCUGGUCAUGUCGCCUAACGUGAGUCUGGACUCCCCGUUACCGCCACCACCACGGAUGCUGCAGGCCCGGACGAAGGACGGGGUUCUGAUCAAGUCUGAGCCCCGGGGACCUAGUCCGAACACGAACCGAGAGGAGGGAGCUGCUCUGGGUCAAACCGAGGAGCUCAACCCCACGGGGAGUCGACGGAGGAAGAGGCCCGUUCAGAGAGGGAAACCACCCUACAGUUACAUCGCUCUCAUAGCCAUGGCCAUCGCCAACUCCCCCGAGAGAAAACUCACACUUGGUGGUAUUUAUAAAUUCAUAAUGGAACGUUUUCCCUUUUAUCGAGAGAACUCAAAGAAGUGGCAAAACUCCAUCCGCCACAACCUCACCCUCAACGACUGCUUUGUCAAGAUUCCCCGGGAACCUGGAAGGCCUGGUAAGGGAAACUAUUGGACUUUGGACCCCGCCGCUGAAGACAUGUUCGACAACGGGAGUUUUCUGCGGAGGAGGAAAAGAUUCAAGCGCACUGACGUAAGCACGUAUCCUGGUUACUUGCAGAGCUCUAGCGCGUUCACCUCGACCUCCAUGGGCAGACCGGCAUACCCCAACACCCUGUACCCAGGAAUAGGAUCGGGUUACGGAUCACAGCUGGCAGGUUCCCCCCACCCGGGGAUGCUGCAUCAUUAUCAGACCUCUGCCGGGGUCAGUCAAGGGCAGCCAAGAAUGUUCAGCAUCGACAACAUCAUCAGCCAGCAGUCGGUGAUGCAGGGAGGAGAGCUCAACCCACUGGGGUUAGGCGAUGGAGACCUGGGCACCAUGUCAGCUAGCUGCUCCCUCACUGGCACUGACCCCUCCAAUUGCUUCCAGACGCAGACUGUUAAUUCCUCAGGGAAUUCACUGGGCAGAGGCGGUGGGGGACUGUCAUCAAACCUGGCACCCAGUUAUCCAUACUCUUCCUCAGCAUCCCCUCCCCACCUGCCUUCCAUGACGCAGUCCAGUUUCUCUCCAGGUACUUCUCAGGUGUACUGCACCGGGAACCGGAUGUCUCUACCGGCCGUGCGCUCCGGGUCUUGCGCCGAACACACUGAGCAACUAUUGGGUCUCUCCAGCCCAAUGAACUCUUACAACAACUCUUACAUGAGGCAAGCCAACUUUGCGUCAGGACUAGAUCGGUAUAUGUGA